AUGGCACCGAACAAUGGAGCGCUUGGCCGCUCCCACGAUGGCUCCCAUAAUAACCCGAACCAUGCGCUGGAGAUCACCUCGGGACAAAAGAUGGUCUCCGCCAUGUCCGGCAGUCUUCUCACGGCUCUCCUGGUCACGCCGCUUGACGUUGUUCGUGUCCGACUCCAGUCCCAAGGAACGCCGACAUCCCCGAUCGACUUCUCCAAACUCGCAAUAAAGACGAGGCAGCUUACGGUGGCCCAGGCCAGUGAAGUGGGUGUCACGGCUUGCUGCCGAGAGGUCUUUUUCCCUGGAAAUACCGCCGAAUACUGUUUAGCAGUGCCCAGGGGUGCCGAGAGCAUCGCGGCAAGUGCCAACGCCGCCGACUGUGCUGUCCAGGAGGUUCAGAAGCGGACGUACACCUCGACUCUCGAUGGUAUCCGAAAGAUUGCCCGAAACGAAGGAAUUCCGAGUCUCUGGAGAGGACUGUCACCCACACUCGUUAUGACAGUCCCGGCUAACAUAAUUUACUUUACUGGCUACGAAUGGCUGCGAUAUGACUCGAAGAGCCCUUUGUCUAAACUCCCCGAUUAUUACGCCCCUUUGACAUCAGGAUCUCUUGCUAGAGUGUUUGCUGCAACGACGGUCAGCCCCAUCGAACUCAUCCGUACUCGGAUGCAAGCCGCCUCCAGCACUACCGGAGCAAACCACAUGAUGGAGACAUUCAAGGGUGUGAAAGAGAUGGUUGCUGCACAUGGCUAUGGGUCAUUAUGGAGGGGCCUCACCCUCACGCUUUGGAGAGACGUCCCGUUUUCUGGUCUCUACUGGUGGGGAUAUGAGACGAUCCGGACAAGACUCCUCACCGCUCGGGAGGAUUCUCGGCAUGGGCCCCUGACUGCGCACGGUGACUUGAGACGCCACCCUCAAAAUUACGAGAAUCACACAGAGGCAUUCGUCGAUAGCUUCAUCUCCGGUGCUCUUUCGGGUGCUUUUGCUUCUUUUGUCACGACCCCCUUCGACGUCGGCAAGACUCGUACCCAGGUUUACCACGACGCAGCACGUACCGUCAGCGGCGCUGGUAAGUCUGCACCAGAGCAACAAAAUAUGGCUCGUCUGCUCUUGCAGAUCUUCCAAAAAGAGGGCGUUACUGGCUUGUGGAAGGGCUGGAUUCCACGGAUGUUGAAGGUUGCACCCUCGUGCGCCAUCAUGAUCAGCACGUACGAGGUUGGCAAGCGGGCGUUCCAUGGUGUGAAUGAGCGUGCUGCUUUGAAGCGUGAAGAUGAGCGGCUGUAA